AUGGCAAUUGACCAAGAUGUGAGAGAAUUGGUAAUCAUGGGAGAUUCGGAUCUGGUAUGUCCCUUGGUUCACAAUGAGUUAGCCGACGCACUCGCUACCUUGGCCUCGAUGUUGCCGUAUCCAAGCAAUGUCCAUAUUGACCCGUUGAAAAUUCAAAUCCGAGAAAGGCAUGGUUACUGCAAUAAGGUUGAGGUGGAACCAAAUGUACAACCAUGGUACCAUGAUAUCAAGAUGUUUUUGAAAACAAAGAAUAUCCCGAGCAAGCCAGUGGAUAUCAAAAGAGAACCACUAGAAGGCUCGUUGGUGGUUUCUUCUUGA